AUGCAUCGUCCAUCCAUGCUUGGCUUCAUCGCCUCCGCCUUGGCGGGCUCGGCCCUCGCCGUCCCCUUCAAUGAUGACCCCGACAGCCAUCUCGCUCCCCUCAUCACCCCAACCGCCCCGCCAGUCGGAGGCCCUCUCUCCCAUCUCUCCAUCCAAGGCGGCCGCUCCCCCUCAGACUAUCUGAUCAAAGACAGCUACGUCGUCGUCUUCAAGAAGGGAACCCACGACGACCGCUCCCUCCAACACAAGAGCAAGGUCCACCAACUGUGGAAGCAAGACCAACAACAGCGUCUCCAAUCCGAAUCCUAUGGACCCGCGGACCUGUUCUCGGGCAUCAAGCACCACUAUGAUGGAAUGACCUCCUUCAAAGGAUAUUCCAUCCAUGUCCCUGAGGCACUUAUCUCGAUCAUCCGCUCAUUCCCCGAGGUCGACUACAUCGAGCGCGAUAGUCGGGUCUGGAUCAACGAUCAGUAUGAGAAUCCUUCCACGAUCCCCGUGGCCGAGAAGCCCUCUCACCCCACCUCGGAGCCGAUCGAUGUCGAAUACGGCGCCCCAUGGGGUCUGGCCCGUAUCUCCCACCGUCACAAGCUCAAAUUCAGCACCUUCAACGUCUAUCCCUUUGAAGAUCCUGCCGGCUUGGGGGUCGAUGCCUACGUCAUUGACACUGGUGUGAAUAUCGAGCACGAAGAGCUGGAAGGCCGAGCCAAAUGGGGCAAAACCAUCCCCGAUGACCCAGACAAAGACUUGAAUGGCCACGGUAGUCACGUCGCUGGAACGAUCGCUUCCCGAACUUACGGAGUAGCCAAGAACGCUACUAUCAUCGCCGUCAAGGUUUUGGGUGCAGGUGGUUCUGGUACGAUGUCCGAUGUGGUUGCCGGUGUCGUAUGGGCUGCCGAAGCUGCGGCAACCAAAGCCCGCGAUGAAGCAGCCAAGAAAGACUCCAAGCACAAAGGCAGUGUUGCCAACAUGUCUCUCGGAGGAGGAAACUCACCUUCGCUCGACCAAGCUGUUAAUGCUGCUGUUGACACUGGCCUCCACUUCGCUGUUGCCGCUGGUAACGACAAUCGAGAUGCCUGUACCUUUUCUCCCGCUGCUGCCAAAAAGCCGAUCACCGUCGGAGCCUCAACCAUCCAAGACGAGCGAGCCUAUUUCAGUAACCACGGCAAGUGUGUCGACAUCUUCGCUCCCGGUCUCAACAUCAAGUCGAUCUGGAACACCGGCAGCAAGAGCGUCAACACGAUCUCCGGAACCUCGAUGGCUAGCCCCCACAUUGCGGGUCUUGCUGCGUACUUCCUCUCCAUUUACCCUGAAAAAUUGGACCUUGCCUCGCUCGGGGUUUACGAAGACGAGCAGGAUGAGUUUGUUGCGUCCAACGGAGAGGCUUACGAUCUGGGACAAUACUUCUCCUGGAACUCGGUCUCGUCCCAAGGCCAACUUGCGUUCGGUAAAUUCAAGGAAGCCGUCGGCUACAGUGGCUCGACCCAGCCCAAGGAUGCCCCGCAGGCCCUCUCUACUCGGAUGUUGAAGAAAGCGAUGAUCAAGAUGUCGACUUCAGGUGUCCUUUCUAAAUUACCCGGCCAAACUUGCAACUACCUCGCGUACAACAACGCCACCGUACCCCGUGCACUCACCGCUGCGGACUUCCGAAUCUGA